AUGGAAACAUUCGACGGUUUCGAGUAUAAUAAACGAGAUUUGCUCGGACAUGGAGCAUUUGCGAUUGUCUACAGAGGACGUUACACUGAUGUGAGUCGAGACAUUUUCGAAAUUUGACACUUUUUGUGAUGAAGAUAGUAGAUUUUGAGCACAAAAAAUGCAUGACGUGGCAAAACUUGAAAAAAUUCCUUAAAAUCUAAUUUGUGCAAUUUUUAAGCAUAUACUUAUGAAAUCGAGCCUGCUGAACAAAGCUAUGCUUUCAGAUUUUUAUUAAAUUCACUUUGAAACCAGUUUUAGCCUUGUAAAGCCAAAAAUCAAUAAUUUACGCAUUGUUUCGGGUUAAUUUGCAGACCACGGUGGUCUGCUUUUUAACUCAAAACACCGUGAAAAGUUAAUUUGCAGACCACGGUGGUCUGCUUUUUAAUUUUGCACGGUGUUUUUAGUUAAUUUGCAGACCACCGUGGUCUGCAAAUUAACUUUUCAAAGCAUUUUGAAGCGUGUAAAUUAUCGAUUUUCCAGCUUUUGCCUCAAAAUCCAUCAAAUCUCACGAAAUUUUCAAAAAAAAAAAACAAUUUUUGCAGCGCCCCGAAAUCCCAGUAGCAAUCAAAGCAAUCGCCAAGAAAAACAUCAGCAAAUCGAAAAAUCUGCUAACCAAGGAGAUCAAAAUCCUCAAAGAAUUGAGCAGUUUGAAACAUGAAAACCUGGUUUCGCUGCUCAAAUGCACAGAGACCAAUUCGCACGUGUAUUUGGUGAUGGAAUUUUGUAAUCGAGGAGAUUUGGCCGAUUAUUUACAGUUGAAGAGUACGCUGAAAGAGGACAAUAUUCAUCAUUUUAUUGUUCAAAUUGGUAGGAUUUUGAUGAAAGCUGAAAAUUAAAGUUUUUCAACUGGAAAACUCGAAUAUUACACUUUUUGCAAAAAAAGUUGCGAUUGAAAUUGAAGAUAGAAAAAUUUUGAAAAUGAAAAAAGAUGAAAGAUGAAAAGUGUGAAAAUUUUGAUUGGCACGUGACAUUUUGACGUGGCAAUUAGAAAUUUUUCAUUUUCAAAUUGGAAAAUUGAAGAAUUUCUUAAUUUUUGGCUAAAAAAAUGGGAUUUUCACGGAAGUUUGAUGAGUUCAACUGGAAAAGCUGAUUUUCCUGCUGAAUUUCAAAGUUUUGAUCAGAAAUUCAUCACGAAGCUUUGAAUUAUAGUAAAAUGAAUGAAUUUCAGCUGAAAAACAUGCGUAUUCGCCUGAAUUCAAGAAUUUUUAGUGAAAAUUAUCAAAUUUCAGAUUUACAAUCUAUUUUUCAGUCAAAAUCUACAAUACUUCACUGAUUUUCAUGAUAUUAGCGUAAAGAACGUGUAAAUCAUGACAUUUCAGCUCUAAAACCUGUUUCAAGCUAAAUUUCAAGAUUUAUCCUGAAAAGUAAUCAAAAAACGUGAUUUUCAGUCAAAAAAACCUUCCCAAAUCUCUAAUUUUUCCAGCCGAAGCUCUGAAAGCAAUGAACAAAAAAGGAAUCGUCCAUCGUGAUUUGAAGCCCCAAAACAUUUUGCUAUGCACAACAAGCCCCGAAAAAGAUCCGCAUUUCUCGAAUAUCACCAUCAAAUUGGCCGAUUUCGGUUUUGCUCGCUUCCUCAACGAAGGUGUUAUGGCUGCAACUCUUUGUGGUUCACCAAUGUAUAUGGCACCUGAAGUUAUUAUGUCAAUGCAAUAUGAUGCAAAAGCUGAUUUAUGGUCGAUCGGAACUAUUGUUUUUCAAUGUCUAACUGGAAAAGCUCCAUUUGUCGCGCAAACUCCACCCCAAUUGAAAAUGUAUUAUGAAAAACAUCGUGAAUUGCGACCGGCUGUACCGGAAUGGUGUAGUGCAUCGUUGCGAGACCUAUUGCUCAGAUUAUUGAAGCGUAACUCGAAGGAUCGCAUUAGUUUUGAAGAUUUCUUCUCGCAUGAAUUCCUCUUGACUGCUCCCCUGCCCUCCCCAUCGAAGAGAAUCCUGGAGAACGCGCCAAUCUCCUCGCGCUCCCCACUCAUCUCCCGCCGCCCAUCACCAAGUUCUCCGGCGAUUUCUGGUCUUCCGGUUCCGCGUCGUGUUCCGCAAAGCCCGACACCUUCUCGCAGAAUUGCCGAAUCGCCGAGAGUCACCCGCCGAAUUAUCACACCAUCGAUGAAUUCGCCGAUUCCCAGCGUUGCUCCGAUGCAGGAUAGUGGAGAUUUCACGUUUUUGCCGCCCAGACAAGACACGAAUCCAGUCAAACAGGUAAUUCUGGGUUUCGGGGAGGAAAUGUGAUUCUUUUGGUGUAUUUUUCAAUGAUUUUGGGCACAUAUGAGGCUAGAAAUGCUAGUAAUCGAUAAUUUCGUUAAUUUGCAGACCACGGUGGUCUGCUUUUUAACUCAACAUACCGUGCAAAGUUAAUUUGCAGACCACGGUGGUCUGCAUUUUAACUCAAAACACAAUGUAGAGUUAAUUUGCAGACCACGGUGGUCUGCUUUUUAACUCAAAACACAAUGUAGAGUUAAUUUGCAGACCACCGUGGUCUGCAUUUUAACUCAAAACACAAUGUAGAGUUAAUUUGCAGACCACCGUGGUCUGCUUUUUAACACGGUAUUUUGAGUUUUUUCGAAAAUUUCACCAAUAUCUCGAUUUUUGCAUGUAUUUCCAGUGUUUUUUGCAGUCUCCCAACCCAAACCCUAACAUUUUACAGGUCCAAGUUCACACCAACAUCUCGCCAGCCGCCGCCAACAUCAAAGCCGUCCCGGUGCCCUCGCAACGUUUGGCCUACCAGAAAAUGGAGGAGCGACUCGCGGCGGCGCAUCGCAAACCCUCUCCGCCACCUUCCGCAAUUGUUGCCGCGUCGCCGGUACGCGGCGUCGCGAUCAACAGCGAUGAGAUGAAUUCGUCGCCACCGAGUGCUGCGAGUAUUGAAAAUAUUAACCUGCCUCAGAGUGAGUCGUUUUUUUCGUUUCUCUCACAUUUUUUGCUUCCGCGAAGCGAAUUUUAAACCAAAAAAAAUCUGAAAUCUUUCUGUUUUCAGCUACAUUCCUCGUACGUAAUGGCAGUACUCGGCGAUCACUCGCGGAAAGCAGCACCACCGCCGGCGGCAUUUCCGCGCCGCGAAUCCGUCGCUCAACAAUCACGGCGUCCGAAGAGCCGUUUAGCCUUCCUGGUCAAGUGCCUCCUUCCCAACACCAAAUAACCGCCAUCCCGAAAUCCGCCACCACCGCCAACCUCCAAACAUUUUCGCGACGCGACCGUUCCGCAACCGCACCGUCGCCACAACAUUUCGCCAAAUCGCCGCCGAUUUUGGAGAACGAGCCAUUGGACAAUGCGAAAUAUCAAAAUGUUGAGAAAGAGGAGGAGAAUAUUGUGGCCGCAAAACCGUUUGUUAUCAAUAAUCGACAUUCUUCUGAUAGCAUUUCGGAAGAUGAAGAGGAAGAAGAAGAACAUGAUCAAAUCCAUCUACCAUUUGCUACUGGAAACUCGCCACAAGGUUAGAAUUAUUGAUUUUUGCGGGGAAAUAUUGAUUUUACACGGCGUUUUGAAUUAAAAAGCAGACCGCCGUGGUCUGCAAAUUAACUCAAAACACCGUGCAAAGUUAAUUUGCAGACCACGGUGGUCUGCUUUUUAUCUCAAAACACAGCGCAGAUUUAAUUUGCAGACCACCGUGGUCUGCUUUUUAUUUUUACACGGUGUUUUGAGUUAAAAAGCAGACCACCGUGGUCUGCAAAUUAACUUUGAAAUACCGAGUAAACGUGAAAUUUACUGAUUUUCAGCUGAAUAUCAUGGAUUUAAACAGAAAUUUUGAAGAAAAUCUGUAAAUUUUGAAGUUUUUUCUGAAAAAAAGCCCAAACUCAAAAAAUCAUUUUCAGACACAUCCCGAAUGAUGGAGGAUAGUGUGGGCGAUGUAAUCUCCGCCGGAGCCCCACAAAACCACGUGGAAAUCUCGGAGCCCAGAAACGCUGCUCUCUUGGCCGAUGUCGAUACAAUUGAAGAGGAAAACGAGCAUCAUAAUCCACCGCCAGCACUGGAGCCAGAAACAAUAAUGCUCGAAGAGCACAAGCAAAUUUUGGCGAAACUCCGAUUUGUUGUGGAAUUGGUGGAUACUUUGGUGUUGGUUGCCGAACAAAAGGAUAAUCCGCUGGCUUCGGCAAUGGCUACCAAUAAAAAACCCGAAAAUUCCAACCAAAAUGAGCAGAACAAUGAAAAAACGACGGCUUAUCGAAGAGCCGAACAAUUGGUGGUUUAUGUCCGGGCACUCCAUAUGUUAUCCUCUGCACUGCUUUUGGCUCAAACUAAUGUUGCCAAUAAUAUUUUGCAACCAUCGGUGGCGGUUCAACAAGUUUUGAAUCAGUUGAAUGAUAAAUAUCAUCAAUGUUUGGUGAGUUUGAAAUACUGUGCAAAGUUAAUUUGCAGACCACGGUGGUCUGCUUUUUAACUCAAAAUACCGUGCAAAGUUAAUUUGCAGACCACCGUGGUCUGCUUUUUAACCCAAAACACCUUGCAAAGUUAAUUUGCAGACCACGGUGGUCUGCUUUUUAACUCAAAAAACCAUGCAAAUCUGGUUUUUCUGCGAUUUCUUCAGAAUUUUAUUGACUUUUUCAAUUUUUCCCCCGAACUCACCAAUUUUAUUUGAUUUUCUUCAAAUAAUGACCAUUUUCUACAUAGAUGUGAAAAUUAAGAAAUGAUUUUAAAAAAUAUUUUCAACAAGAAAUAAUGAAAACGUGUAUUUCCAAAGGUCACGUGGAAAAAUUUCUGAUUUUCAAAUUGAAAAAAAUCUGAAAUUUUCAGAUUAUCAACUUUUUUAUGCACAAAAAAAUCAAAAAUUUUAUAGAAUUCAUUAAAAAACCCUUUUCUGAAGCAUUUCUGAAGUAUUGGAAAAUCCUCUCAAAACGCCGUGUAAAGUUAAUUUUCAGACCACGUGGUCUGCUUUUUAACCUGAAACGUCGUGUAAAAAUAAAAAGCAGACCACCGUGGUCUGCAAAUUAACUUUUUCACUGCAUUCUGCAAUAAAAAGCAGACCGUCGUGGUCUGCAAAUUAACUUUUUCACUGCAUUCUGCAAUAAAAAGCAGACCGCCGUGGUCUGCAAAUUAACUCAAAACACCGUGUAAACCUCAAAACCCUCUAUUUUCCAGGUGCGCUCUCAAGAAUUGGCCUCCCUCGGACUCCCAGGCCAAGAUCCAGCAAUGUCAGUCAUCUCAGCCGAACGUAUAAUGUACAAACAUGCAAUUGAAUUGUGCCAAGCGGCUGCUCUUGACGAACUUUUCGGAAAUCCACAUUUGUGUAGUCAGCGAUAUCAAACGGCCUAUAUGAUGUUGCACACGUUGAGUGAACAAGUCAAUUGUGAUCAGGACAAAAAUGUGCUAUCCAGGUAGGGUUUUGAGCCUUGGGAUGGGGAAAUUUGGAAUUUUUGGGCUGAAAUAACUCUAGAACUUUUUUUCAGAUACAAAUCUGCUGUCGAAAAACGCUUGAGAAUAUUGGAACGCCAAGGAUUUGUGACAGCUGUGAAUACUUGA